ACUCCGAACCAUAUCCUCCUACUUGAUAAAACGACCGUCGUUUUGUUAGCGACGACGGAACUCGACUUUCUCUUUGCCACUGAUCUCUGAUCUCGCUGGUCAAUCGUCGUCGGAGGUACAAGCUUGAUUGAUCUGGUGAUCUACUCGACGAUGGAGAAUAAUACGGACGUUUCCUUUCAUGAUUUCUUGGAGCGGAUGCGCAAGCCCUCCUCUGGCGAUUUCGUUAAAUCCAUUAAAAGUUUCAUAGUUUCAUUCUCGAACAAUGCACCAGACCCAGAAAAGGAUUGUGCUACAGUUCAGGCCUUCUUUGCCAAGAUGGAAACUGCUUUCAGGGCUCAUCCACUUUGGUCCGGUUGUUCUGAGGAGGAAUUGGACAGCGCAGGAGAUGGCCUAGAGAAGUAUGUCAUGACAAAGCUAUUUCCCCGGGUAUUUGCUUCAAGCAUCGAUGAUGUUAUAUCUGAUGAGAAACUCUUUCAGAAGAUGUCAUUGGUUCAACAGUUCAUUUCUCCUGAGAAUUUGGAUAUACAACCAACUUUUCAAAAUGAAUCAUCGUGGCUGCUAGCUCAGAAAGAGCUUCAGAAGAUAAACAUGUACAAAACUCCUCGUGAUAAGCUUGUGUGUAUCCUUAACUGCUGCAAAGUGAUAAAUAACUUACUGCUAAACGCUUCAAUUGCUUCAAAUGAGAAUGCACCUGGUGCCGACGAGUUUCUUCCUGUUUUGAUAUAUGUUACAAUAAAGGCUAACCCUCCACAACUUCACUCAAACUUGUUGUAUAUACAAAGAUAUAGGCGUGAGUCAAAACUUGUUGGUGAAGCUGCGUACUUCUUCACAAACAUACUCUCUGCAGAGUCUUUCAUCUCAAAUAUUGAUGCAAAAUCACUCUCAAUGGAUGAAGCUGAGUUUGAAAAGAACAUGGAAUCUGCACGGGCACGAAUUUCUGGUUUGAGCAGCCAGGCUUAUCAAACUGGUCACGGCACUGCACCACCCCCUCGUGACGAGUCCACUGUUCAUAAAAAUCAAAUGCAGAAUCUCAAGAGAGAUAACACUCUUUUCCAAUCAAAAUCAUCAGAUAGUCUUUCUGGAACCAGUGAACUACUGAAUACCAACAGUGAAAUACCAAUGAAGAAAGUCGAAUCCACUUCGGAUUUGGAAAACAAGGGUGCUGCGUUGCUUCUGAAAGAUACCGAGGCAAGUAAAAGCUUUCAAGAGUAUCCUUACAUAUUUGCCAGUGCCGGUGAUUUGAGGAUAGGAGAUGUUGAAGGAUUGUUAAAUAAUUACAAACAGCUCGUUUUCAAAUAUGUGUGCCUUUCCAAAGGAUUGGGUGAUGCAACACCUUUAGCUCCAUCAAGUUCACCCUUGGAAGUUUUGUCUGGUUUUGAUACGUCUAAGGAAUCUGAGGAUCGUAAGACAACAUCUUCAGAUGUUCAAACGAAAAGGGAAACUGAUACGAGCGUGGAUGAUUUGAUCCGAGCUCUACAGGGUGAAGGGGAGGAUGUGGCCGAUAAGCUCUCUGGUGUAAAACAAGAUGAAGAUAGCGCAGUUUCGACACAAGGAAAGGAUGAAGAACGUGAUCAAAAGGUGCACAAAGAAGCAGAUGCCAAGAACAUUGUUUUGAUGAUGCAAGGUCCAAAGAAUGAGGGUGUCAGUUCUAGUACCCGAACUGCAGAAGAUGAUAACUUUGAUUCAAAAGAUCCACUUGCAGAAGCUUCUAGGGAUCAGAAUGACCCAUCACAGUGAUGAGAGUCUCUUGUAUUCGAUGUAUGAAAACGGAAAUGUUGGGGUUAUUGGGAGUUGGAUUGAUGUAGAGUUGGUUGAUUUAAAAAAAUCUAAGAGAUUUGUUAAAUUUUGCAUAGAGUUUUGAGUUUGAAGAAAAUUUUAAUCA